CUCCUCCCCCUCCCCCUCCUCCUCCUCCUCCUCCUCCAAACACACAACAACAACCACCGCCACAAACUAGCUGCUGCUCCUCCGAAACGCCCAGAUUGCAAACCACAGAGCUGCCUGCAACAGAGAGAGGGAGAGAAAGAGAGAGGGAAAAGGAGGAGGAAGCAAAAGAGAGGAGAGCAGCUGCAGCCAGCUUUCACGGGCAGGAACGACUGCACAUUGCACAGGCUGCGUCUGCCAGGAGGAGGUCGAUACGAAACUUGGGGAUUUUGCUUAACUUCAUUUUCAGGUCAUUUUCUUGUACCGUUUUAUCGACUCGCCAGAACAACAAAGUGACUUGGUGUUGGCGAUUCGGCCUUCUGUUCAUUGAGGAAAAGGAAAAAAAAGGGGGGGGGGAAUACUCCUUGUGUUUUUCUUCUUUUAGGAAGAGAAGGGGAAAAGAAAAAGAAGGGGGAAAAAGAAACACCUUUCGCCCUUAGCCCGGAGUUUUUACUUAAUUGAAUCUAUCGGCGGGUUUCUUCGCUUUGGAUUUUCUUUUCAUUUCUAUUUUUCCCCUUCUGAUGGCUUGCAAGUUGGACUGAAGCAAAGUUUGGAAAGCAAAAGUUUGUUUUAGGGCUGGAUUUAUUUGCAAACCACAGGAAGAAGAAAAUACAAGGGAGAGAGGGGUUGGUGCAGAGCCGCGAUCACGGAAUUCAGAUGUGUUCUAAGCCUGCUGGAGUGAUCACCCUUCAGAAUCCUGAUGGAGACAAGAGCUCAGAAUGGCAGUGGGUCCCAGCCCUUGUUACAGGCUCCCCGUGACAGUGGCAGGCAGCAUGGGGAGCCUGACCUGAGAGAUGCUCUCACACAGCAGGUUCACGUGUUGUCACUGGACCAGAUCAGGGCCAUCCGAAACACAAAUGAAUAUACCGAGGGACCUACAGUAGCUCCACGACCUGGGGUCAAACCUGCCCCUCGACCUUCCACUCAACAUAAAAAUGAAAGACUCCAUGGAUUAACUGAGCACCGUCAACUUAGCAGGGUCCAACAUUCACAGACACAUUCUUUUGUUCGGGCACCUCUGUCUCGAUCCAUCAGCACUGUGAGUACAGGGUCGAGAAGCAGUACAAGGACAAGUACCAGUAGCAGUUCCUCCGAACAAAGACUUUUAGGAUCAUCCUUUUCUUCUUCAGGGCUAGUUGCUGAUGGAAUAAUCCGGGUGCAGCCCAAAUCUGAGCUCAAACCAGGUGAACUGAAGCCCUUGAGCAAGGAAGACUUGGGUAUGCAUGCCUACAGGUGUGAGGAUUGUGGGAAGUGUAAGUGUAAGGAAUGCACCUAUCCAAGGCCUCUGCCAUCAGACUGGAUCUGUGACAAACAAUGUCUUUGCUCAGCUCAGAACGUGAUUGAUUAUGGGACUUGUGUAUGCUGUGUGAAAGGCCUCUUUUAUCACUGCUCCAAUGAUGAUGAGGAUAACUGUGCUGACAACCCCUGCUCUUGCAGUCAGUCUCAUUGCUGUACUCGGUGGUCUGCCAUGGGGGUCAUGUCUCUCUUUCUGCCUUGUUUGUGGUGUUAUCUUCCAGCCAAGGGUUGCCUUAAGUUGUGCCAGGGGUGUUAUGACCGAGUUAACAGGCCUGGGUGCCGCUGUAAAAACUCAAACACAGUUUGCUGUAGAGUUCCCAGCGUCCCACCUAGGAACCUUGAAAAACCAACAUAGCAUCAUUAAUCAGGAAUACUGCAGUGAUAAUAAGAACUAUUACUCUCACUCUCACUCUCUCUCUCUCUCUCUCUCUCUCUCUCUCUCUCUCUCUCUCUCUCUCUUUCUGUCUCUCUUCCUCCCUCUCCUGCCCCCUCUCUUUCUUAACACAUAUGCAACCAACUAAACAGUUAUAAUCUUGGCACUGUUAGUAAGGGUUGGGAUAUACUUUGCUGUUUGCAGUGAAAUGCUUUUUUUGUGCGUGUGCCAUCUUAACUGAUAGGCUUGUUAGAACACAGCUAAUGGAGCUCAAAAUAUGGGAUACAGAACUUGGUGACCCACAUAUUGCAUAAGCUAAAGCAACACAGACACUCCUAGGCAACUUUAUCAUUUGUGAAUAGUACUUGCAAAGUUUGUAAAUUAGCAAAUGACUCCUUUUUCCAUUGUUUUCUGCCAGAGAUAAUGUGCUAUAUUUUUGUAUAUACAAUAAUAUUUGCAACUGUGAAAAAACAAGUUGUGCCAUAAUGCAUGGCACAGUCACAAAAUAUUAUACUAAUAUGUUGUACAUUCGGAAGAAUGUGAAUCAAUCAGUAUGUUUUUAGAUUGUAUUUUGCCUUACAGAAAGCCUUUAUUGCAAGACUCUGAUUUCCCUUUGGACUUCAUGUAUAUUGUACAGUUACAGUAAAAUUCAGCCUUUAUUUUCUAAUUUUUUUCAACAUAUUGUUUAGUGUAAAGAAUAUUUAUUUGAAGUUUUAUUAUUUUAUAAAGAAGAAGAAUAUUUAUUUUAAGAGGCAUCUUACAAAUUUCACCCCUUUUAUGAGGACGUGAUAGUUGCUGCAAGUAAGGGGUUACAGAUGCAUAUGUUCAAUAUAAAAUAGAAAAUAUAUUAACGUUUGAAAUUAAA